UGUCGUUGUCGUGGACUCGUGGACUCGUGGUCGUGUGUGAGUGUGACUGUGCGUGCGUAGUGCGUACAGUGUAUGGCGGGCGCGGGUUUCGUUAAAUGUGAUUUGUUUUUAAUUUUCUUUUCUGAAAAUUGCUCUUCUACAAGUAAAUUUUGAUAUCACACUAUAAAAUGUCAAUACGGCAAACUUGUUCCUCGGGCUGCGGAAAUCGUGCUGUUUUGAAGCGGCCAAAGACAGGAGAUUCUCUGUGCAAAGAGUGCUUCUUUUUUGCCUUUGAGGAAGAAGUUCAUCACACCAUCACCUCUGCCAAACUUUUCUCAUGUGGUGAAUAUGUUGCCAUUGCUGCAUCAGGUGGCAAGGAUAGCACAGUGCUGGCACAUCUCAUGAAGCUCCUCAAUGAACGCUACAAGUAUGGCCUGAAGCUUGUCUUGCUUUCUAUUGAUGAGGGCAUCACUGGCUACCGAGAUGACAGUCUUGAGACGGUGAAGCGAAACGAGCAGCAGUACAACAUUCCUCUGAAAAUUCUGUCUUAUGAGGAACUCUAUGGCUGGACUAUGGACAAGAUUGUUCAAAAGGUUGGCCGACGCAACAACUGCACCUUCUGCGGCGUGUUCAGACGCCAGGCUCUGGAUCGGGGAGCGCGGCUGCUGGGGGUGGACAAGCUCGUUACGGGCCACAAUGCAGACGACAUUGCUGAGACCAUCGUCAUGAACAUCUUGCGUGGCGAUGUGGCCAGGCUGCAGAGAUGUUGUGCUGUCGAGACUGGCUCUGAAGGUCACUUGCCGCGCUCUAAGCCCUUCAAGUACACGUAUGAGAAGGAGAUCGUCAUGUAUGCUUACUUCAAGAAGCUCGACUACUUCUCCACCGAGUGCGUUUAUUCCCCCAACGCUUACCGAGGCCAUGCCCGCACCUACAUCAAAGACCUCGAAAAGAUCAGGCCCACCGCCAUCUUAGACAUCAUCCAUUCCGGCGAGUGCCUGACGCUGAAGGAGGACGUCAAGCUGCCGUGCCAGAGCGUGUGCCAGCGCUGCGGCCACGUGUCGUCCCAAGCCGUCUGCAAGGCGUGCGUGCUGCUCGAGGGUCUCAACAAGGGCAGGCCCAGGCUUGGGGUCGGCAAGAGUUCUAAAGUUAAGCGCAAUAUGGGCUUAAACCCACAUGAUUUAAUUUGCGAAAACGCACAAGAUGUCGCAUCAAACCCUGCGGAAAAGGUGACUGUCAAUAAAGAAGCCAGUGCCUAUGCAGUUCAAAUAGAAGCAGAAAUCAAUGCGGGACAGAAUAUCAAUGAAGCCAGCGAUAAUUCCGACAAAAACUCGCGCUUCAGUGAGGAAUUGAAGCUUGAUGCCGACAUCAAUGAUUCUUCAGUCUCGGCCAAAGAUGAAAAGCCAGAGCUACAGAAAUCAUCUCGCAAAUCGUCUUCAGAAGCGGCAGAGACAAGUGCAACGGAUACAACUCAUAAUGAGGACAAAAUAACGGAGGAAACACCGGCUUCUGGUGCUGCCAAGGAAGCAAAAUUGUGCGCUAGUCAACUGACAAGUAUAGAGGAUAUAGGCAGCGAAGUUGGAGGUAAACUGUGCUCUAAAGGUGGGGUAUGUUCCGGUGAUUGUAAGACUAAGGUAAAGAAAGAUAGAAAAGUCGUUAGUUUACGUAAUAAUCCAGACUUGGCACUGAAAACUGUGGGAAUCAGUAAAAAGGAUUUGGAUUUCUGAUCUUGGCUGAAGUUAGAUAUUGUUGUUGCACGUGCUGCUGCUCGGGAUGGUACAAUAUAUUGGGUACAUAGAUGCUGUUUUUCAUAUUGGAAUGUUAUGGUUUAUUUAGAGAGUAUUGAAAAGUUUUACAUACAUCUUUGUAAAGCGUACCCCAAGUUAAAAAAUCCUCGCUAAACAUUUUUGAUGCGCUUUGGCAUAUCUCAUAGAAACUCAGAUUGUUUUUGUAUUCCGGUGUACAUUCUUGUUAUUAAUAAAGUUCUAUUAUAGUAUGAAGUUUAAUAAUCUUUUCAAUUACAUACGUUAGGGUAAAAUUCAUGUCAUUUGUGCCAUCUAGUAGACUUAUUUUUGGCCGAAAAAAGUUUAAAUUUGUGCACAACUUGUUCAAGAAUAUUAGCAAUUUGUUGUUCUUAGAAGACCUUUUCAACUCUUCUAGCGCUAUUUUCGAAUAUUUGAGGUCUUGCAAAAAGGUUUGCACUUGAAUGUGGCUCGAUUUUAAGAAACGUCUAAUGCAAAUUCAGGGAUUCUAUGCUUCUCAAAUAUAAAAUUGUUUCAACCUAAAUGUUUGUCCCGAGCUCCACUAGAGACAGUUUCGAGUUUGGAUCGGACAAUUGAGGACAAGCUAGCUGAUUAACGCUCAUGAUGUGGCACGAGUUUAUUUAUUACCAAGAUAUGAAUUUUGUACUCGUGUAAAAAGGUAUAUACCUGC